CAAAAAUGCUCAAUACCAUCAUAUUACUUAUAAAAUGAACUAUUUUUUAAUAUAUGUAGCAAGAUUGUCCAGGCGUUAAGGCGUUGUUUAAAUUCAUAUUUGCACUUUGAUACCAAAAUUCUAGAUGUCUUUAGCAAGUUGUAUACUAUUACUAUGUUUAGGACGUUUUCUUGUUCCAGCAUUGGCGGUAAUAAACGGUUCUGAAGAUUUCGAGUUUUUAAACUGGGAAGAUGAUACCACUCAUCUGAACAAUGAUGUGGAAUUCUUGAGGGAUAUUAUGUCAAGCAAUGUAAGAAAUCACAACUUCGAUGACGAAGUUCAAAUAAUAGGGUCCAGUAAAUCGGAUGAUAAAACCGCAGUAACAGAUGUGAUACCCAAACAAGACCAAGGACGUUUUACUGUUCCGGCAUUGACGGUAACACCAGAUUAUAACGAAGAUAAUCCACUUAUAAUGGAUCUACGUACUCUACUUGGCAACGAAGCGCAAUUCUUCAGUGAAAAUACACCAAGGAAAAUCGUAAAUGAGAACUCCGACGAAGUUGUAAUUGUCGGGUCCAGUAAAUCGGACGAACCCAGAUAUUAUAAUCCUAUUAACAAAUUUUGGCAGCAAGAAAAGUGUGAACAAUUGAAAGUGAACAUCGAGAAAAUUUUCCAGUACGACCCAGAGACGAAAAUUCUCGACUCUCCGACAAGGUGGAUUAAAGUCGAAGAGGACGAAAAUAGUUUUUUCAGGGCAUUGUCUUUAUGGGUAUGUGGCACGGAGAGCAGCCAUCAUGUCAUCCGACAACGUGUUUCAGAGGUAGUAAGAACUGAUCGACGUAUGAUAGCUUUUCUAGGAAAAGAAAACCAUAGUGCAUACUUAGCAUCACAGAUACCACAAACAUCUUAUGCAACUAAAGUAGAAAUAAAGGCAUCGACUAUUCUUUUGAAUACAUCGAUAUAUGUGUAUACAAGAUCUAAACAGACUUGGGAUUUAUUUAAAAAACACAAAUACCCCCCAAAGAAAACAGAUAAGUGUAUUUAUCUUCAGCGUAUUUCGGAAAAUGGUUAUUGCGUUGUGACAGAUGUUAAACCCGAUCAAGAGUACCAAGGAUAUUUCUUCAACCCUGAGUGGCCACUUGACGAUGAAAUAAAAAACGCUUUGUUAAGUCAACCGGAUGAAAUCAGAUUUUUUAAUCCUGUCGACAAAGAUUGGCAAAAGGCAAAAUGUGAUGAAUUUGAAAAAUUGGAACUCAAAAGAAAUUUCCAGUAUGACGAAACACCGUUAAUUCUCACCAUUCCGAAGAAAUUGGUUAUAAUAACUAAAGACGAAAAUUGUUUCUUCAGAGCACUUUCUUAUGUGGUCACUGGCAUAGAAAACUAUCAUCAAAUUAUCCGUCAGCUCGUAACUGAUGUUGUUCUUUGUGAUACUGGUCUUCAAAAUUUAUUUAAAAAUGAGUACUCAAGCUCAAUAAUACAAACUACUUUGACCACUGACUUAGAGAUAAUCGCUUCGACUCUUCUUUUGGAUACAUCAAUAUUUGUGUAUUCACACGAUAAACGGAAAUGGGACUUAUAUAACAAGGACAUUAUUAACAAAUCCCCAGUGAAUAAAAAUGAUAUGAGUAUUUACAUGAGCCAAUCGUCACCAGAUAAAUAUGAUGUUGUCGAAGGUGUAGAGGACUUUUUUGAUGAUGAAGAGAUGCUUGAUAAUUAUUAUACAUCAGAUUUAGACUCUAAUGUCAUAUACAACUAUUAUUAAUGAUUAUUGGAAUUUCUUAUGAAGUAAUAAAGUACAAAUAUUAAGCUAAUGUUUGUUAUUGAUUAAAAUAGAUAGGUUGGAUGAUAUGAAUUGUAUUAUUAGAAUACGAUUUAUUCAUAAGCUCGACUAAAUAAUACAAAAACAUUAAAAAAUGUAUUUAUUAAAAUCCUGUGUACCA